AUGUCUGAACAGACCACCGUCUUCCUUACCGGCGCUACAGGUUACCUUGGAGGCGCUACGCUACAACUGCUACUGCAUAAUCCGAAGCUAUCCAUCACGGUGCUCGUGCGCGACAACGAGAAGGCGGAGAAGCUCAAGCAGCUUGGCUUAAAAGUUGUUCUGGGUUCCCUUGAUGACACGGAGCUCAUGGAGGCGGAGGGUGCGAAAGCGGAUGUCAUACUUCAGAAUGCCGCAUACGACCAUAUCAAUGGGGUCAAUGCGCUUCUCAGAGGCGCGAAGGCUUACUAUGAACGUACAGGCAAGCAGUCCAUCUUCAUUCAAACUUCUGGGACGGGAGCCUUCGUCAAAAUGGAUGCAAUGGGCGACUACACCUCGGAGACGGUGCUUUCCGACACGGAGCCAGAUCUUUACCGCCACAAGAACACGCUCGCGCACAGUGUCGUCAACGAAGCUCUCAUCGCUGCAGAUAGUGAAGGCUUCGUACGAUCGUAUAUUGUGCUUCCUUCGAUAGUCUACGGUGUCCUCAAGGGGCCGCUGGUGGACGCGGGCAUCACUCACGCGUACAGUAUGGCGAUGACGUGGGCCGCCAAACUGAGCAUCGAACGCGGUCAAGGCGCUCAAGUUGGCAAGGGACUGAACCGAUGGCCUGCCGUGCACAUUGACGACACGGCCGACUUCUACAAGUUGGUGUUCGAACGUGCUUUGGCGGGUGAUGCACCUCAUGGCGCUCAAGGCAACUACGUACUUGAGAACGGAGAGUUCAGCUUUGGAGAGGCAGCGAAGCGCUACACCGCGACCCCAUUCAUCUACUUUCUGGGUACCGAUGUCCGUAUCAGAGGAGAUCGCUCUCGUCAGUUAGGCUGGAGCCCGGCGCAUGGCAUCGAGGACUUCUACGAGAGCGUGCAGGAGGAUACUGAAGCUGUCUUGGCGGGGAAAGACUGA